AUGGCUUCCCAUGGAUCGAUCACGACUAUCAAUCCAAUAGAUCAGGUAUCUUCACCACAUAUACUUUCGUCGUCGCAUUCAUCCCUUUCUCAUUCCCUUUCAUCAUCCCGUCGUAGUUCGCAAAUAUCAAAGACUUAUCGUCAAGCUUCGACUCUCUUUCUCACACGUCGAUUACCCGAAUCGCUUUCAACUAUCUUACCAGUAAUUACACCGUCCUCUUCUUCCGACACGGAAAAUACCACUCCUGAUGAUCCCGCCAAAUCUUCGGCUCCAAUAUCAAAGGCGUCUCGUACUACUCGUAUCAAAGUCUGGAGUCUGUACCUUACAAUAUUGAAUGCGAUUCUUGAAUUGGAUCCAGCAGAAGGAAAACAAGCAUUUGGAACCAGUCAAUUUAGAGCACUGGUCGCAAAGGUCAGGGACGGAGAAGUUUGGGAAGAGGUAGUGAGGAACGGAUAUCACGGAAUCGAAGGAGAUGUAGAUUCAGAUGUCGUUAUAAACCUAGCAACUCUUCUCCUAGCCCAUGCUCGUUCCCAAAAGGUUAAUCAGACUCGCCUCGAGACUUAUCUCGCAACAUCCGAUACCAUAUCCCUUUCUAUGUCCCAAUCCUCUACACCUACCACCUCAAAUCCAUUUCCAGGUUCUAAACGUCGCUCCCAGCCCGAAACAGAUACACCAAGAGAUCUCAACGCCCGAGUCAAGAUACUAGAACUCUAUACUCUGCACGUCUUACUUCGAAAUAAUGAAUGGGAUUAUGCGAAAGAAUUCAUUACCAUUAGUGAAGUUUUGGAUGACGAAAGAAGAGAGGCUUUCCUCGGGGCCUUACGAAGUCUCAAGGAGGAAAGUGAGGAAGGGGAGAGAAGAGAAAGGAUGGAGAAGGAAUACCGAGAGGAACAACUCAAGAAAGAUAUAGAAGAAAGCCGACGUCGACGAGAAGAAGAAGAAAGGAGACGAGAAGAAAUUGCUAAAAAGGCCAAAGCAAGUGCAAGGGGAACCUCAGAAAUCGACUUUGGAGUUGAAGACGAAGCUGCAGCUAUGAACAACGGAUCCGUAACAUCAUCCUCAGCACCCAAUAAUCCUCGACAAUCCAAAAUCUCCAAAUCAUCAAGCACCAAACCACACUCUCGGAAAUCAAUAGAAGAAAAGAAACAGAAAACCAUGGUAGAAAAAAUGGGAAUCAUAAUGCGUAAUUUGAAAUUAGUACUGGAAAAUAUAGGGGGAAGUCUUAAUUUGAAGAAUCCAAUGGUAAUGUUAAGGAUGGUAGCUUUCGUUAUUGGAAUACUAGUGGUUUUUGGAAGGAAGGAAGUUCGAGAAAGAACAAGGAGGAUGAUGAGUGAGGGAUUGGGAAGAGUCAAGAAGACGAUUGGGAUGGGGGUUAAGCAAGCGAGGGAAAUUUUAGGGAGAGGAGUGGAGGAGUUUACUUUGUGUGAGAUUCAUUUGUUUUGUAGUGGUGAAUGCAGAGAAAGGUUGAGAGGAGAAAAAGGGAAGAGAAGAGAUAUGAAAUAG